UAUAGACCUUGGUUUUCUUGUGUAGACCGCCAUCUUGGCAACUUCUUCUCAACUGAUUUCUUUCUUCAAAAUCUGUGUGUCUACAAGUCAUUUAGUCGGCGUUACGAUUCAAUUCAAUUCAAUUCAACGAAACCGCUUUCAAUUUAUAACCAAACAAACAAUUUGUGUUUUUUUUCCAAAUCAAAUUUCAGUUAGAAUUAUUAGGGUUCUUGUUUGGAGGUGUUUCUUUUUUGUAAUUGUGAAAUUGGUGAUUUGUGUAUGAAAAAUUAAUGGUGGAGGUAGAGAUCAAAGGCAAGAAACUUGCUAAUGGCGGUGAUGAGAAGAGCAGGGUAUGGAGGUGGAGACUUGUUGGUGCUGUCAUAGCAGUUUUACUUGCUACAUCUCUGAUUCCAUGGCGGCAUUCUCGGAGAUUCUCUUUUCUUCCUUCUCCUUGCCGUUGCUCUGAGGAUUCUCAUAAAUAUACAGGCAUUGUUGAAGACUGUUGUUGUGAUUAUGAGACGGUUGAUAGUGUUAAUGGAGCAGUUUUAUACCCCUUGUUGCAAGAGCUUGUCACGACUCCCUUCUUCCGCUAUUUUAAGGUUAAGCUUUGGUGCGAUUGCCCCUUCUGGCCUGAUGAUGGCAUGUGCCGACUGCGUGAUUGCAGUGUAUGUGAAUGUCCAGAAAAUGAAUUUCCAGAACCUUUUAAGAGGCCAUCACUGCAUGGUCUUGCAAAAGAUGAUCUUAUAUGUCAAGAGGGAAAGCCGGAGGCUGCUGUUGAUCGUACUUUAGAUGCUAAGGCAUUUAGAGGCUGGGCGGUGGUAGAUAAUCCAUGGACUAAUGAUGAUGAAACUGAUAAUGGUGAAAUGACAUAUGUCAAUUUGCAAUUGAAUCCCGAACGUUACACAGGCUACACAGGGCCAUCAGCCAGAAGAAUAUGGGAUGCUGUAUAUUCAGAAAAUUGUCCAAAGUAUUCAUCUGGUGAAAGUUGCCAAGAGAAGAAAGUGUUAUACAAGUUAAUAUCUGGUCUUCAUUCCUCAAUUUCUAUCCACAUAGCUGCUGAUUAUCUCCUCGAUGAGACUACAAAUCAGUGGGGUGCAAAUCUUCAAUUAAUGCAUGACCGUGUCUUGAAACAUCCCGAGCGUGUGCAAAACCUGUACUUCACUUUUCUCUUCGUUCUCAGAGCCGUGACAAAAGCAGCCCCCUACUUGGAGCAGGCCGAAUAUGACUCUGGUAACCAUCUGGAGGAUAUGAAAGCCCAUUCCUUGAUUCGGCAACUAAUUCACAAUCCCAAACUACAAGCUGCAUGCCCUCUUCCGUUCGAUGAGGCUAAGCUUUGGCAAGGCCAAAGUGGACCUGAACUGAAGCAACAGAUACAAAAGCAGUUUAGGAACAUCAGUGCCCUUAUGGAUUGUGUAGGGUGCGAAAAGUGCCGUCUGUGGGGAAAACUUCAGGUUCUUGGCCUCGGAACUGCUUUAAAAAUCCUAUUCUCUGUUGAUGGUCAAAAACACCCAGAUCAGCAUCUGCAGUUGCAAAGAAAUGAAGUGAUUGCACUGAUGAAUCUGCUGAAUCGGCUCUCGGAAUCACUAAAAUCAGUCACUGAUAUGGGUUCUUCUGCUGCUAUGGACGGCUUGGUUCUAGAACCUUCUUCUAAAGCAAUCAAUGUGAUUCAAAGAUUACGGGAAUUAUGGAUGGCUAAUUGGUGGAAGAAUGUGCCAGUUUCACCGCUAUCUUGAACUCGCAAUGCUCACAGUUUUAAAACAACCCGAAUCGGAGAUGAGGUAAAUUAAGGUGACGAUACACACAUACAUUGUGAAUAGAGGGGCGAAAACACCACAUGUAAUGCUAAUAUGGACGGACGUCCGUGGUUUCAGAACGUACUAUA